AUGACUGAAUUUGGAAUACCAAAGAAGCUAAGAAGUCUAAUCAAGAUUUGUAUGGAAGAAAAACAGUAUCAAAUCAGGAUAGAUCAGACCAUCUCUGAAACAUUCACAGUGGAAACAGGCCUAAAACAAGGACAUGCGUUAUUUCUAAUAUUAUUUAAUCCAACUUUAGAGAAAACGGUUAGAGAGAAACAAAAAGAAACAACAGGUAGAGAAAUAAACCGACAAAAAAUUAAAAUCCUGGGUUUUGCUGAUGAUAUCAACAUCAUAGGCAAUACCAGAGAUGAUAUAGAGAAAACAUUGAAAGCUCUAGAAAAAUCAGCAGAUAAAAUAGGACUAAAAGUAAAUGUAGAAAAAACAAAGAUUAUGGAACAAUUAGAUACGGAAGAAAAUUCAAUGGACCCUGAACCUGACCCUGAUGACUGGAUGUAUGAGAAAGUUAAUGAGUUUAAAUACCUUGGUAUAUGUAUAAAUGCAAAAAAUGACUGGUCAAAAGAGAUAGGAAUAUAG